GUUGGAGCACAUCUUGCAUGUGGUGUCGGAGCUGGAUCAGCACGGAGCGACGUCUUUAGCCGGUGAUGGCGGCGGCGGCGCACGAACAUCGCGUAAAAUUCAAGAAGAGGUCUUCCAAUUACUUCUGUCACAAUUGAGCACACUAAUUGGCGUCAACGUGCAC